AUGGACAGAAAUUUUACAGACUAUGACAAUGCAAUAGAAAGUACAGUAGAAAAUAGGUCUGGUAUAACACCAAUACUACAAAAUGUUGUAGCAACUGUAAAUUUAAAUUGUAAACUAGACUUAAAAAAUAUAGCAUUACGUGCACGCAAUGCGGAAUACAAUCCUAAAAGAUUUGCUGCUGUUAUUAUGCGAAUUAGGGAACCAAAGACGACUGCAUUGAUUUUUGCAUCUGGGAAAGUUGUUAUUACAGGAGCUAAAUCUGAAAAGCAAUCAAAACUUGCUGCUCAAAGAUACUCCAAAAUUAUCAAUAAACUGGGAUUUAAUGCGGAUUUUAAUGAUUUUAAAAUUCAGAAUAUUGUUUCAAGCUGCGACACAAAAUUUUCAAUUAGACUUGAAGGAUUAGCUUAUUCUCAUUCCAAUUACUGUUCUUAUGAACCCGAAUUAUUUCCAGGGUUAAUUUAUAGGAUGGUUAAACCUAAAAUUGUUCUUCUAAUCUUUGUAAGUGGUAAAAUUGUACUUACAGGAGCUAAAGUAAGGGAUGAUAUUUAUCAGGCUUUUGAGAAUAUUUAUCCUGUUCUAACUCAAUACAAGAAAACAUAA